AUGAUAUCAGAUUUCCUUCGUGAAUAUAAGGAUGGCGUGAUCGCUUCGUUGGACGGGUUUUUGGUUCUCUAUAAGCUAGAUCAGGACAAUACAAAGCCUGUGGAUGUGGUACAAAGGGCAUCAUCAGCUGAACCGAAUCCACGAAUGACGAUUCUGGAGAGGCGGAGGUUAAAGGAGAAGGAACGUACUACAGACAGAAGAAAGAGUACCACACCGCCGGCGAUUGUUAGGAAAAAGACUCCAGCUUAUUAUAGGGUUCUUCAGGUAUGUUUUUAUUGAUUUUGUUGGAAUUUAGAGCUGAUUUGAAGGAAUUACCCUGAAUACGGGGGAUUUGAUCAAGGGUAUUAUCGAAAAAAUAUAAUUUUUGAUGGAAUCUUUUAAAAUUCAGUGUUUAAAUGAGUUUAAAGACAAUGAGGACAUAGUAAAAUAUUUUCUCCGUGAUUUCUUGUUACCUAAGUUCACUUUUAACAUCGUUUCAGUGCGUUUUCCUCAAUGUGAUAUCAAUUUUCUUUGUCCAACUGAUGGUGUGGGUCACAGAAACAUUGUUUCCGGACAAAUAUGGUUGGCUCAACACAGUAUUUGCUACAUUUCGACUGGCAUUAGUUCUACCCAUCUUUAUUAUCAUAAGAAUCCUCAGCACAUUAUGGUUUGCCGAUGUAGCCAAUGCUGCUUUUCGCUACAGAGGAAGAACGAUAACAACGAGAUCUAAUGUUGAGAUUAUGUUCUCCAAGACCGCUUCAGACUUUGUCCAUGCUAUUGUGGUUGAAUUGGUCUUCUUGCUACAAGCUAUGGUUGUAAUGGCACUAUCAGUACCGGUUUUGAGCCAAGUCGGAGGAUUUAUAUUGAUGUCUUUGUUGCACUCGUUGUACAGCUUUGAGUACGUGUGGAUGAGCAGUGGAGUAUCGAUGAAUACUCGUUUGAUAUUGGUGGAACGUCGAUGGCCUUUUCACUUGGGCUUUGGGACACUGUUGACGAUAUUAACCAUGCUUUCGGACAACUUUAUGAUCAAUUCAUGUGUGUUUGGAGCAGUUUUUCCUUUCUUCAUAGUCAGCUCCUUCUUAACCUCGAUUCCGGAGAAUAAGGAUUCGGAAAUCACACCGGUACACUUUUUUCACAUUUCUCAGGUCAUUACCAACAAGUUAUCAGCAACUGUCUUUGGUCGGAUUCGAUCAUCAACGUGA